GGGAGCAGGAUAGAGAGGUGGUACUUCACCCCCCACCCCCGAUCCAUCAUGGCCUGAGUUAUUACCCACACAAACCCCUCUCCCGGAUUAUUAUCAUCGAUCCCAGGCUCGGAGGCUCGGAGACACAGAGCACGGUUUGCGUUCGCGUCCCUGCAGGUCCCGACCGGAUUGGAGCCGUUCGUCUGUCUCGGGAGUGGACACGAGUGUGUCGGAGUACGGAUUAGGAUAAGCGAGGAUGGCUGGCUCCGGAUUCACCGCGCUCCUCUGGAUCUUCAGCAUCAGCACCGGCUCGCGCGCCGCUUCACCGCCCGCACAUAAGUGUGAUGAAUCUCUGGCGGUGCAGCUUCCACACGGCGCCUUCAGCAGCUCAUCUGUGUUCACCAGCGGCUACGCUCCAGAGUACGCUAAACUCAACCGGAGAGGAGGUGCCGGCGGUUGGUCUCCUCUGGACUCCGACAGUUACCCGUGGUUACAGGUGGACCUGGACAGCAGGAAGCAGGUGACGGCCGUGGCCACGCAGGGGCGCUACAGCAGCUCGGACUGGGUCACGCGGUACCGGCUGCUCUACAGCGACACGGGCAGGAACUGGAAACCUUAUCAUCAGGACGGGAACAUCUGGGCGUUCACCGGUAACUCGAACACGGAGAGCGUGGUGCGUCACGACCUUCAGCACGCCGUGGUGGCGCGGUACCUCCGCGUCGUCCCUCUGGACUGGAGCGAGGAGGGUCGGAUCGGGCUGAGGAUUGAGAUCUACGGCUGCUCGUACUGGGCGGACGUGAUCAGCUUCCACGGCCAGGGCGUGAUCUCCUACCGCUUCAAACUGAAGAAGAUGAAGAUCCUGAAGGACGUGAUCGCGCUGAGGUUCAGGACGGGCGAGAGCGACGGGGUCAUCCUGCACGGCGAGGGUCAGCAGGGCGACUACAUCACGCUGGAGCUGAGGAGAGGCCGACUGCUGCUCCAGAUCAACCUGGGCAGUAACCAGCGCGGCUCCAUCCUGGGUCACACGGCGGUCAGCAGCGGCAGCCUGCUGGACGAUCAUCACUGGCACUCGGUGGUGAUCGAGCGUUACCGUAGAAACGUGAACUUCACCCUGGACCAGCACACGCAGCACUUCCGCACCAACGGCGACUUCGACCACCUGGACCUGGAUUACGAGUUGAGUUUCGGAGGAAUGCCGUACUCGGGGAAGCCCGUCUCAGGAGGGAGGAGAAACUUCAGAGGCUGCAUGGAGAGCAUCAACUACAACGGAGACAACAUCACUGACCUGGUCAGGAGGAAGAAACUCGACACGUCUGGCUUCAGGAACAUGACCUUCUCCUGUCUGGACUCUCCGACCUCGCCGGUCUUCUUCAACGCCACCAGUUUCCUGCAGCUGCCGGGCCGGCGUGGGCACGGCGUGGUGUCCGUGGGCUUCCAGUUCCGGACGUGGAACGCUAACGGUCUGCUCCUGUUCAGCGCGCUGGCGGAGGGGGCGCUGGAGGUCACGCUGAGGGACGGGAGGGUCGCGGCCCACGUGGACACCGCGCAGCAGAAGAACCCGCGGGUGGACGUCUCCACAGGUUCACGUCUGAACGACGGCGAGUGGCACGACGUUCGCUUCCUGGCUAAGGAGAACUUCGCCAUGCUGACGGUGGACGGAGACGAGGCCUCGGCCGUGAGAACCCACGCGCCCGUCCGCGUCACCACCGGAGGGACGUACCACUUCGGAGGUUAUUUCCUGCAGACCCCGGCGUCUCCGUCCCAGCGCUCCUUCCAGGGGUGCAUGCAGCUCAUCCAGGUGGACGACCAGCCGGCCGACCUGUCUGCCGUGGAGCAGGGCAUGCUGGGAGCCUUUGAAAACGUCAGCCUGGACAUGUGCGCCAUCGUGGACAGAUGUACGCCCAAUCACUGUGAGCACGGCGGGCGAUGCUCUCAGAGCUGGGACGGCUUCAGCUGCUCCUGUAACGGGACCGGCUACACCGGAGCUACCUGCCACACCUCCGUCUACGAGCAGUCGUGUGAGGUUUAUAAGCACCUGGGGAAAUCCUCCGACGUCUACUGGAUCGAUCCGGACGGCAGCGGCCCGCUCGCGCCCUUCAGAGUCUUCUGCAACAUGACAGAGGACCAGGUGUGGACCACGGUGUCGAACAGCCUCCCCGCUCAGACGCUGGUGUCGGGUUCGAGCCGGGAGAGACGCACGGUGCUGCAGAUGAACUACAGUUCCAGCGUGGAUCAGAUGGGCGCCGUGACGGACGCGGCGGAUCACUGCGAGCAGCACGUGGCGUACGCCUGUCGCUCAUCACGCCUCCUGAACACGCCCGACGGGACCCCGUACACGUGGUGGGUCGGCCGAGGGAACGAGAAGCAUUUCUACUGGGGCGGUUCUGCACCGGGGAUCCAGAAAUGUUCCUGCGGCAUCGAGCGCAACUGCGUCGACCCCAAACACCAGUGCAACUGCGACGCUGAUCACAAACAAUGGAGAGAAGAUUCCGGACUUCUGGUGUAUAAGGAGCACUUACCUGUGAGCCAGGUGGCCGUGGGGGACACGAACCGACCCGGAUCGGAGGCCAAACUCACCGUGGGACCCCUGCACUGUCACGGAGAUCGCAGCUACUGGAACGCGGCGUCCUUCACCACGCCGUCGUCCUACCUGCACUUCUCCACGUUCCAGGGAGAGACGAGCGCCGAUAUCUCCUUCUACUUCAAAACCUCGGCGCCGUACGGCGUGUUCCUGGAGAACCUGGGCAACACAGAUUUCAUCCGACUCGAGCUCAAGUCCCCGAGCGUGGUCUCCUUCUCCUUCGACGUGGGUAACGGACCGGUGGAGCUGAACGUCCACUCACCCACGCCGCUGAACGAUGACCAGUGGCACCGGAUCAGCGCCGAGAGGAACGUCAAGGAGGCCGUCCUUCACCUCGACCAAAAACACACCAGCACCAAACCUGCACCGGCACACGGACACACACGCCUGGAACUGUACAGCCAACUGUACGUGGGCGCGGCCGGGGGGCAGCGAGGGUUCCUGGGGUGCAUCCGGUCCCUGAAGAUGAACGGCGUGACCCUGGACCUGGAGGAGCGGGCGAAGGUGACCCCCGGGGUGAAGCCGGGGUGUUCGGGUCACUGCAGCAGUUUCGGGGUGUACUGCCUGAACGGAGGGAGGUGCGUGGAGAGGUACAACGGCUACUCGUGCGACUGCAGCCGGACGGCCUACGAGGGGCCCUUCUGCACCAAAGAUGUGGGAGCGUUCUUCGAGGCUGGAACGAUGGUUCGGUAUAACCUGGUGCCGGAGGUGAUGCCCGCCGCAGCGUCCGGCGUAGAAGGGGCGGAGUUAAUCUGGUUACCAGCCUCAGAGCUGAACCUGACCCAGGAGGUGAUCAGCUUCAGCUUUAGUACGUCCAGCACGCCCAGCGUCCUGCUGUACGUCAGCUCCCGGAGCUACGACUACAUGGCGGUGGUGCUACGCCAGAACGGUUCGUUACAGGUACGUUAUAACCUCACCGGUAUGACCGAACCCUUCACCAUCGACCUGGACCAGCGCAACCUGGCCAACGGACAACCGCACGCCGUCAACAUCAGCAGGACGGAUCGGCAGGUCCACGUCCAGGUGGAUCACUAUCCUCCGGUCAGCUACACACUCCUGGACUCUGCAGAUACUCACUUUAACCUGGUGAAGACGCUCUUUUUAGGAAAGAUCUACGAGAGCGGCCCCAUCGACCCGGUGCUGAUAGAGAAGUAUAACACUCCGGGAUUUGUGGGCUGUCUGUCCCGAGUGAACUUUAACCACAUCGCCCCUCUCAAAGCGGCUCUGCGCUCGCCGCUCUCCGGACCGGUGUCACACCAGGGCAAACUGGUCGAGUCCAACUGCGGUGCGUCGCCCCUCACCGUUUCACCCAUGUCGGCUGCCACGGACCCCUGGCACCUGAACGGAGGAGGUGCCGAGUACCCAUUUAACGAGGAGAGGGUGAUACCGGAUGGAGUGAACAGGAACUCUGCAAUAAUUGGAGGCAUCAUCGCCGUGGUGAUCUUCACCAUCCUGUGUACUCUGGCCUUCCUGAUCCGCUACAUGUUCCGCCACAAGGGGACGUACCACACCAACGAGUCCAAGGGAACCGAGCGCUCCGAAUCGGCCGACACGGCCAUCAUCAACGCCGAGCCCAACUUCACAGAGACCAUCGACGAGAGCAAGAAGGAGUGGUUCAUCUAACCGCUCAGAGAUACAGACUCAGAUUCAGGAUCAGAACAAACGGGAACCCCGCACCGGUUUCAGCACUGACCCGACUCGACCCGACCCGCCGGACCUUACACCACGAUCCGUGGACAUGGGGGGCGUUCCCGGGCCAGACCUCCUCCCCAAAUGGAUUAUUGUUCCCGUUUGCAACCCUUGUAACUCCGUCUUUUUGUUUCUGAGCUUUUGGUUUUGUCAUGAAUGUGUAUAAAUUAUGGAUACGAUACAUUUUUUAAUAAACUGAAGAUUAAAAAUGA